AAUACCCACCUAGAAUUAUGAUAACUAUGAAUGCUUUCAAGUUCCGGAUUACAGGCGCAGGGACAAAGCCUAACUGAGUGGAAUGGUCUUGUGGAGAGUUAAAAAAGUGGUUGGAAAUAAGAUCAUCAAUUCAUUUUUCGUAAUAAUCACCAUAAACUCUAUGACUGAAACCAAGUUUCUGCAUGAGGCAACAUCCUGUGUCAUUCUAUUGCCGGUUAUUCUCCUAUUUGAGAUUUUUGGUUUCCCGUGACAAUAGACCUCGGACUCUGUGUUACUGAUAUCUCAUUUUGGGACAAAUGCUCGCUAACAG